AUGGAACCGUACCGCCGUCUGAGCGCCAUUUGCCUGACACCUUCACCACCAGCCAACCCAUCCACGGAUCGAAGUCGGACUUCCGAGAUCUCUGCGUUCUCCCCCGAGUACGAUGUCCGCGCACCAGUGGAUAUUCCGACUGCAGAUCUUCAACUGGCAAAUCACCUCGAGCAACGAGUCGAGAUCCGCACCGCCAUCCAUCGAAUUCAUUCACCCCCUGCCACCGCGUUUCACACCUUGAGACGUGUAGCGAACGCUGAGAACGAUUUGCGAGAAGAAGCUGAGAGCAUGUACAUCCGUGCACUAUUCACAACAGGGUUCCUCCAUGCCCUCCCGAUUCCGCCGGUCUAUCCUCCUCCCGGCCAGUUCGCUUCGAAGCCCGCCAUCAGCAACCACGACGCCACUACAGCUAUCUUGGACAUCACCUCAGUCUUCGCCGCCACCUUUACCAUGGAAGCAAAUACCGCCGACUUGGGCUUUCCCGCCGCAGUCCCCAACACGCCUUCGUCUCGAUUGUUCACCGUUACCCCGAACCUGGUCAUCUGGCGGAGUCAUGGGCACGGCUUGUGUGCCAGCAUGAAUCCGCAGGAGCACGACAAGCUUGAAAUGCACAUCGAGGCUCUUCGACGAUGUGCUACCCAGCACGAAACCCCAGCCGUCGCAGCUCUCUCACCUGACGUACUGGCCUCGCUCCCGAUGCCUACACGAGGCAAUCCGAAUGCAUCUCCCUCGACACCCUUCUGCCAAAGCUUGUUCAUGCCCGACCUCCCAAGGACAGCUCUUGCCCAUUCCCAUUACCGCCAGUACCUCCGCGCACCAAGAAUUGCGAACACGUACCUGCGAACUGUGGAUGAUGAAGCCCUGCGUCUUCGCCUUUUCGCAUCACGGACCUUGUCUCAAGAGCUGGGAAAGAGAAGAGCACCGAAGUGGACAGUUGUGGCGCGCGAGCGGCUGAGCGACCUCAUCGCCUACUGGAAGGAAUUUUUGAACAAAUUCGAAAGAUGA